GACAAGUCAUGCCAAGGCCAAGGCGGAUGGAGCAGAGCAGGCCGCAGUGGCGGCCAACAGCGAAUCCAGCAUUGCACGGACCCUGGCCAGGGAGCUGUCUCCGGACUUCUACCAGCCAGGCCCUGAGUACCAGAAACGGAGGUUGCUCCAGGAGAUCAUAGAGAAUGCUGAAAGUGUUAUGGAGAAUGUAGGCCGUGGAGAGGCCCCAGGCAUCCAGGAGCCCCCUCCAGAGAGCCCCCAGCUACAUGAACGGGAGGCCUCCCUCCAAGGGGGUGGCACUCCAGCCCGUACGCCAUCACCCCACCUUGCAGGGACACCCCCUGAGGCUAAGCAGCCUAGGCCUGGAACACAGAAGGAUGGCUUCCUGAGUCCGGGAGAAUGGAACGGGGAGCAGAGCCGAGAAGGCAGCCGUCCAGUAACCCCAUCUGAUGUGGGUCCUGGUGAGAGAAGCAGCAGGAGCCCCACAAGAACCCCUACUGACCACAUGGAGAUCCAGCCCCUGCAGCCACCACCCCCACAGCCCACUAGGGAGCCAGAAGUAGCACUCUACCAGGGGUACCACAGCUAUGCUGUCCGCACGUCGCCCCCUGUCCCACCACCUUUUGAUGAGGAAGAGGCAGAUGGUGCUUCCCCCACUACACCUGUGACCCCCUCAGCCUCUCCAGUGUUGAAGCCAGACAUCCAGCCUAAUGUGGAGGCCCUCCCAAGGGCCACUACACCCCCCAAGCCGGAGCUGAAAGCCAGGGCCCCCAAAACAGAGCCAAAGCAUCCACCCUCUCCCAUCAAGGCAGACACCGCAAGCCACACUAAGCCCACCAGAAAAACAGAGGCCCGAGGUUCAUCCAAGGGUGGGGCCAAAAAGAAGGGACGUCGAGAAGUAGCGGCUGCAGCCUUGGAAGCCGAGACAGAGCUGGAGGAGGCUCCCAACACUGUCCUUAUCUGCAUGGUGAUUCUGCUGAACAUCGGCUUGGCCAUCCUUUUUGUGCAUUUUCUGACCUGAUGUGGCCUUGGCUCAGGAGUUCCCACCCAUGCAAACGUUGGAUCUCUUUGCAACGACUGGAUGCCACCGCAGCUGUGGGGAGAUGCUGAGGGCGAGAUACUGGACCCAGGAACUGGCCGCAGGCUUUCCAGCUCUGGCAGCCCUAUCCCUGAAAGAAAACUGCCCUGUGUUCUGUUUAGCUUCCCUGAUCCCAAUCUGGCUUGGUCCCUCCCGGUCUGGGGUGAGGAAGGGCCCUCCCUCUCUAAGCCCUCUAUGAACCUGAGGGUGGCAUCACCUACAUGAGUGUUUGUGGCUGCACCUGCAUGUAUACCCAGAGAAGGGGACCAGCAAACCCCCCCACUCUUUCCACUUGCCUGGAGGCUCAGGUGCAAUGGAAUGACUCUCCCCAGCCCCUACCCCCAAACUUUACUUUACCAAGGCUGGGGUUUGGUUCCACUCUCCUAGGCUGCUGCUAGCCAGCCCAGGCUCUCUUGAAGGAUCCAUCUAGAAAUUCAAGGAGCUAGUUAAGGGGCUUUCUGACUCCAGUGGCCAGAGGCAGCUGGGAAGGAGGAUGGCAUGGGGUGAGCAGAAGCAUUGGAGAGGCCCUCACUCUCCCUCGUGGGGCAGGGAGGGGAAAAGCUGCCUUGGCUCCGGCUUGCCUGUCUCCCCUUUCUGCUUCUGGGCUGACACUGCAGAGCAAGAUGAAGACAGCUUAGACCCAGCCUACCUGCACUAUCCCACAAAGAAAGGAACAAGAACAAAUCCAUCCACUCCAGCUGCCUGAGGUUUUCCCCAGUGGGGAAAACCACUUUGAGUAAUGAUGUCUUUCCUGACCCCAUGGUGCAAAGGGGCUCCCACUGUGGCAGAAGCAGGCCAGGCAGCCCAUGGAGUUUUGUUGGGAUGGGAGGCUGGGUGCUUGGAGAUCACUGCCUAUAUCUUUGGAGUGCUUGAAAAUGACUUUUGGCUUGGCUGGUAUAGAGGAUGGCAAUUGCAUGCGCCUACAUUUAAAAGCGUUCCUGUCCUUGGUGGGUCUCCCAGGAUGUGCCCUUCUGCUGUGGAGAGGGGUGGGUAAGAAAGCCCCAAAGGUGAGCUAGGAGGCAGGGCAUCCUGAGGGGGAGGGACUCAGAUCUGUGCCCGUGUGCUGGCCUAAGAUGAAGCAGGUGAGGAGUGGGACUAGGAGCAGACGUGCAUGUUGUAGGAGCCCAGGUUAAGUAAGUGACAUGCCUGAUUUCUUUCUUGACUUUUCCCCUCUUUGAUAUCUGGUUUUUGGACAACUUUCUAAGCUCCCCAGGUGGUCCCAUGUGAGGAAGACUGCCUCCCAGCCCUUGCCGUAAAGAGGCACUAUAGGGAAGGCCUUGGGUGAAAUAUACCGCUCCUCCUCACCUCCCCCUUCUCCCCGAACCCCUCCCAGCCUCCGUCCUGUGCUUGCCCGAAGCCUCUGAGAUUGGGACAGAGAUGGGCACAGAGGUGGAGGUGGAGGUGAGGAACACUGUGCUUCCUCUGUGAUCUGUUUUCUCUCUUUCUCUCAAUACUCCUGAGCCUUGUUCCUGGACCUUGGGAUCUUGAGGAUAUUUGUCGACUUUGCUAAGGUCCGGAUCCCAGCUGCCCUUUAGCUUGGUUUAAAUCUCAGCUCUGAUUUCUACACAGGGAGGUCAGAGGCACCUACCCUCUUGCUCUAGGCUGCGAUGGGGUGCCCAGUCUAGUUUCUGUGUGGUGGUGGGAAUUGACCUUUCAAAGGAGGUACCUAAAAGUGCCUGCUACCUCAGGCGAGAGCACUUCAUUCCCCAGGACUGGCAACAAACAUUUUAGGCCUGGUUCCAGCCCUGGGAUGUUCCCCCUUUCUUGUCAUGCCUAGGUCCAGAGGAUAAUGGCAGGGGAGGUGCCUGUGUGCUACGUCCUGGCCUGUCUGUCUGUCUCUUUCUGCUAUAUUCUGUGCGAUAAUAAAGAUACCUGCUCACCGUC